AUGAAUUUAGGGUCAGUUUCAUGUUCUACUGAGACCACCGAAGUGUACACUCCUCAAGUAGCGGAUGAGUUGAAGCCUACAAAAAACCGUCAAUUUAGAACACUAGAUGAUUUUUUUGAAUUUUACAACAAGUAUGCUUUUGAAGCUGGGUUUAGUGUUCGGAGAAGUUCUACUGCCAAGAGUAAAGAUGGAUCUGAAACUAUAAGACAAGAACUUUGUUGUCGCAAAGAAGGGCAUUCACAGAAACAUACGGCUCUACCAAAAAAGCGGAAAGGGAUCAUAAGAACGGGUUGUCUAGCAAAGAUUGCAGUUGUGAAGAGAUGUGGCAUAUAUGUAAUCACUCAAUUUACGGAGGCUCAUAACCAUCCUUUGACAACUCCAGAGAGAGUUCAUUUGUUACCAUCUCAUCGUCAAGUUUCAAAUGCUACCAAAUGCUUAACCAUGGAACUUGGACUGGUAAAUAUUCCAACCCACCAACAGAUCAGUUUGCUUGAAGUUCAAUCAGGAGGAAUUGAGAAUAUGGCACAACGGGAGAAGAAUUCAUUUUUCAAUUUCAAGAUAGAGGAAGACAGUGAAAAUAGAAUCAAACAUUGUUUUUGGGCAGAUGCGACCUCCAGGAGGGCUUAUAGUUUCUUUGGGGAUGUAGUUAUCUUUGAUACAACAUACAACACUAACAAAUAUCGGCUGAUAUUUGCACCACUAUUAGGGGUUAACCACCAUGGCCAGACCAUUAUGUUUGGUUGUGCAUUCUUAGGUGAUGAAUCCACAGAGUCGUUUGUUUGGCUACUCAAUACUUUCUUAGAAGCAAUGCCAGGAAGAAGUCCCCCAAAAAUGAUAAUUACUGAUCAAGAUCCUGCUAUGAAGAUUGCAAUUUCCCAAGUUCUUCCUAACACAUUCCAUAGGUAUUGCAGUUGGCACAUAUUAAAUAAGUUUUCAGAAAAGAUAGGUGCAGUGAAAUGUAAUGAAUAUUAUGAUGACUUUAGAAGUUGUGUGUGGAACUCUGAGAUGACAGAAGAAUUUGAUAAGAAGUGGAAGGAAGUUGUUGAGAAGAGUGGUUUAAGUGACAAUGGAUGGCUUCAAUCAAUUUAUGACAUUCGAGCAUCAUGGGUGCCUGCAUACUGUAAUCACAUUUUCUCGGCUGGAAUGUCAAGUAGCCAACGUGCUGAAAGUUGUCAUUCAUUUUUCAAGAAGUAUGUUGACCACAAAAAUUCAUUACUAGACUUUGUGAUUCGCUUUAAUAGAGGACUUGUACAUCAACGUCAUCAAGAGUUAGUUUCUACCCAUAUUGAUGCAAAUGAAGAGCCUCAGUUGAAUACCCCUCAUCCUAUGGAAUCUCAAAUGUCUGGAAUUUAUACUCGUGCCUGUUUCCAACAAUUUCAAAGUGAGUUCUAUAUUAGCUUUUUCAAUUACAGGUUUCAACUUAUGAGAGAGGAUGACAAUCAAAGAUUGUAUUUGGUCAAGAAAAGAAGUGAUCAGAUUCAAAAGGAUCGGGAAAUUGUUUAUGACAAGCAUACGGACCUUGUUUCAUGUACUUGCAAAAAAUUUCAAAGUGAAGGAAUCCCCUGUAGGCACAUCUUGGGAUAUCUGCUGAAAGUUCAGGAAGUAGAUUACUUGCCUGACCAAUAUAUUUUGAACAGAUGGACUAAAGCUGCAAAUGCUACUGUAGUUAAGGACCUAGAUGGGUUGGAGAUAACAGAUACAAAUGCAUUGGUGGUGAAACGUAGUAAAUUAUUUCAUCAUGCUUCACUUGUUAUUGACAAAGUCCUUACAAAUCCUGAUGAAGCUCAGACCAUGUUUAUCGAGGCUCUUGACAAUGUGCUUGAUAAGAUCAAACAAAUGCAAGUCAAUAGUAGUGAAAGUGCAAGUAUCGGUAAGAAGUUUCCAAGUGAUGUUCAACAUAGGUAUAAUGAGCCAAAGAUUAUCAAAGCAAAGGCUUCUGGAAAAAGGCUUAAGAAGUCAAAGGAAAAGACAGAGAGAAAGAGAAGUAGUACAAGGAAAUGUCAUGGCUGUGGUUUGUAUGGGCAAUUACAUGAUAAACGGAACUGUCCGGCGCUUAAUAUGCCUAAAGAUAGUUCUGUUCUUGACAAAUAUGCGGACAAGGAUGAAGAUGAUCACGAGACAAUAUCAACUGAUGAAGAUGAGGACCCCAGUUCCUUCGAUGAAGAUUAUGAUAAUUAA